GGAAAACCCCUGGCUGCAGAUCCCAGCGUCCCAGAUCCCCGGGAUCACACGGAUCGGCCGCCCUUCCCACGGACGAUGGCGUUUCCCAACCAGUCCGAUUACCUGGAUGGCCUCAAUAACAACUACAGCGACUACCCGGACUACUCCUUCGAGGACACGGGCAGCGCGCGGGCAGACCCGGCCCACGACCCCAAGGACAUCACCAGGAUCCUGUCGGUCAUCAUCUACAGCGUGUCCUGCGUGCUGGGCAUCCUGGGCAACGGCCUCGUUAUCGCCAUCAUCACCCUGAAGAUGAAGAAGUCGGUCAACGCCGUCUGGUUUCUCAACCUGGCCGUGGCCGACUUCCUCUUCAACAUCUUCCUGCCCAUCAACAUCGCCUACACGGCCAUGAGCUACCACUGGAUCUUCGGCACGGUCAUGUGCAAGCUGAACUCCUUCCUCCUCAUCCUCAACAUGUACACGAGCGUCCUGCUGCUCACCACCAUCAGCUUCGACCGCUACGUGUCCGUGGUGUUCCCGGUGUGGUCGCAGAACCACCGCUCCACCAACCUGGCCUACGGGGUUUGCGUGAUCAUCUGGACCGUGGGCAUCGUCAUGAGCUGCCCCUCGCUCGUCUUCCGGGACACGAUGCAGAUCCGCAACUCCGUGAUUUGUUUCAGCAACUUCUCACUCUCCUGGAAUAAAUCCUACAAAGGGCUGUCUCUGAUGAGGCACCGCACCGUGAACAUCACCAGGUUCCUGGCCGGGUACAUCCUCCCCAUCACCAUCAUCACCUUCUGCUACGUCGCCAUCGUCUUCAACCUGCGCCGGAACCGCCUGGCAAAGUCCAAGAAGCCCUUCAAGAUCAUUGUCACCAUCAUCGUCACCUUCUUCCUCUGCUGGAGUCCCUACCACCUGCUGAACCUGCUGGAGACGGUGCCCGACACAGUGCCCCGGUCUGUGUUUGAGAUCUUCAUCCCGCUCACCACGGCUCUGGCAGCCUCCAACAGCUGCAUGAACCCCGUCCUCUACGUCUUCAUGGGCCAGGACUUCAAGAAGUUCAAGGUGACCCUCCUUUCCAGGCUGGUGAACGCCCUCAGCGAGGAGACAGGACACUCCAGCAUCGUGCACAGGAGCUUCUCCAAGGUCUCCUCCAUGACUGAGAAAGAGACAACGGUUGUCUAAACUCAGCCUGCAGGAGGGACAGAAUCCCUUGGUGCUGGCACUGUGACGGUGACCGGCCCUGGUGUGGGUCAGGCAUUGUCCAGCACUGUCCUACAGCCCAUUUUUGACUGGUGUUGCUGCCUGGGGGCUGGCAGGGGAUGGAGACCCCCAAGGUAUGGAGAAGACACAACCACCCUUGAUCCCGUGUGGGAUUGCAAAAGUCCUUGUGCCAAUCUAAGAAAACAUUUUUUGGGCGUUCCCCAUCCAAACUGCAUUGCCUGACCCGGGAAGGGCUUUCCUGGUGUUUCCAGAGGCACCGUGGUAGGGUGCAGGAUAUCAGGAAGGCAUCUCCUGUGCCAUGGCCAAAUUGGUGACACUCCUUGGUCCCAUGUCUGUGUGUGGCUCCUCAUGGUAAAUUCCUGAGGUAUUUUGGUACCAGAAAGGUGUUUGUGACUUUUUUGGGAAGUGUCCUUAGGGGGGGUUGGAAUAUCCCACCUCAAAGAACUGGGAAGCCUCAAAUGUCUUCUGAGUGAUCCAGAGCCAGGGCCACCUUCCAGUGUGGGAAUUGGGCUCACACACAGGGUCACCAGCAUGGAAAACCUGGGAGAAGAAAGAGGGAGAGGUCAAUUUGAAAUGACUUUUUAAGCCUCACUUUGAUGGGCACAUUCCACACGGUACAUCCUGCAGAAAAGGUGGAUGUUUGGGACCAGGAACAGGGCCAUGAGCUGGGAAUGAGCUCCUGGGGAGGACCUGCUGUCUCCUCCUGCAUCCAGGGGAGACUGGCUCUGUUGCCAGCUGCUCCCUGGUGGGACCAGUUGAUUCUGUGGGAUGAUUUUGUCUCAUCCCAUCUUGGGACGCUCUGGGAAUCCCAUGGGAGACUCUGCUGCUGCACACUGAUCACGCAGCAAAGGAUGGGCCGAGCCACCACCUCAAUCCGGUUUCACGCCCAGUUAAUUUGGGAGCUCCUCCUCCAUUAGGGCUCCUUCACCAUGGCCCCGGUGUCACCCUCGUUUAUGUGUCACUCCCUGGAGCUGGCUUUGGGCAGCCCCAGUGGCCCUGGGGACAUUUCAGGAGGUCCCUCAGGGAGCUUUGUGCAGGUUUUGGCAGUUGAGAAUCUGCCCACAGAAGCUGAAAUAUUUAUUUAUAGCUUUCCUUGGAAAUCGGAAAAUGGAAAAACAAAAUGGGCAGGCAGCUCCCAGGAAAAGCCAGGGAGCUAUUUCCAGGCAGCAGAUCGUGCCAGCCGCAGGUACACGUAGAGCCCCGGGAACUGAGCGGCGGGAACGCGGCGGAUCAGAGCGGAUGCCGUGGCAGGAGCGGGAUUUCAGGAUUUCAGACGGAUUAUCCGGCGUCCUCUCUGCCCCAGGGCUGCCUCGCUGCUCCACCUCAGUCUGCAUCACCUCCUUUGUGCCAUGGGACACUCGGCUCCUGGAUUGUUAGGACACUCAGCUCCUGUUUUUUUGGGACACUCAGCUCCUGGAUCGUUGGGAGACACUCAGCUCCUGGAUCGUUGGGAGACACUCAGCUCCUGGAUCGUUGGGACACUCAGCACCUUGAUUGUCUCCGUGUCUCCGGGAGUUGGGAUCCACCCACUUCCCUAGGGAGCACUGCCACACGUCCCUGCACCACACCACGUCCCAUGGCCAAGCCCAGGGCUACUCCCAGCCCUGAUCCCCAAAGAUUUUUUCCCCCAAAAUCCAUGCUGGAUCCAUACCCAUGGAAGAUGCAUUGCCUGAGGAGGAUGCAGGGCCUUUCUGGUGGUGGGAGGAGGCACCUCUUGCUCAUUUUCCCCAGUAUUUAAUUAAUAUUGCUGGAAUGUUGCCAGGAUCCUAUUAGGAGUGGGAUAGGACAGAUGGGAUGGACGGGACAGAUGGACACACAGGGACACACAGAACUUACAGAGGAUCUGUUUAGGGAGCAGUGGGAAUGGGAUGUACCCAGAGCCAGCAGCCUCUGGGGCUUUUGGGGCUCAGGGUUUGGAGAAGGCCUGGAUGUGGGAACGGUGGGAUGAAGGCUCAAGGACUGGAUGUCAUCCCACGGCCCCUCAGGUUGGUGCUGGGAUGUUCAUAAUGGAUUCAGGAUGCUCCUCGCUGGUUCUGGUGUCUGUUUUUUUCAAGCCCAUCUGCUAUUACUCCAACAGUGCCUUGGUACUUACCCUGGGGUUAAAUUAUCCCUGCAACGGCAGCUUGGCAAUCCCAAGUCUCCCAAGUAUUUGGGUGCAUCUUUGUAGCUGUUUGCUUAUUUAAUAAAACCUCUGUUUUCCAGACAAAUACCUCGAUGUGUGGCGUGGGAAGGAUCCCAGGGUUUUUCACUGAGCAGUCCCUUCCCUGAGUGUAUUCCUGAUCCCUGGUGUCCAAUUUGGAAUUGUGGAAAGAGCU